AUGGCUGCGCCACUGUUGCCAAGGCGACGCCUUGAAUUCCGUUCGUUUCAAUGCUUCCGGGUUGGUGCUGCGGUGGCAUUUCCUACCUUGGGAGCCUCUGCUUUCCAGUCGUCUGAUGAGCCUGAGCAGCAUCAGAAAAGUCCCACUUUAAGCCAUGAGAUGUCUGGUCUGAACUGGAAACCUUUUGUGUAUGGCGGCCUUGCCUCUAUUGUUGCCGAGUUCGGCACUUUCCCUGUGGACCUUACUAAAACACGGCUGCAAGUCCAAGGCCAGAGCAUCGAUGUCCGCUUCAAAGAGAUUAAAUAUAGAGGGAUGUUUCAUGCCUUGUUUCGAAUCUAUAAAGAAGAGGGGAUUUUGGCUCUGUAUUCAGGAAUUGCUCCUGCUUUACUAAGACAGGCAUCAUAUGGCACCAUCAAAAUUGGUAUUUACCAAAGCUUGAAGCGAUUAUUUGUAGAACGUUUGGAAGAUGAAACUCUCCUAAUUAAUAUGAUCUGUGGGGUAGUGUCAGGAGUGAUUUCAUCGACUAUAGCCAAUCCCACUGAUGUUCUAAAGAUUCGAAUGCAGGCUCAAGGAAGUUUGUUCCAAGGGAGCAUGAUUGGCAGCUUCAUUGAUAUAUACCAGCAAGAAGGUACCAGGGGUCUGUGGAGAGGCAUGGUCCCAACUGCUCAGCGUGCUGCCAUCGUGGUGGGAGUAGAGUUGCCAGUUUAUGAUAUUACCAAGAAGCACCUGAUACUGUCAGGAAUGCUGGGAGACACCAUUUUAACACACUUUGUUUCUAGCUUUACCUGUGGUUUGGCUGGGGCUCUGGCAUCUAACCCGGUUGACGUGGUGAGAACACGAAUGAUGAAUCAGAGGGCAAUAGUGGGACAUGUGGACCUCUACAAGGGUACUUUGGAUGGUAUUUUAAAGAUGUGGAAACAUGAGGGUUUUUUUGCCCUCUAUAAAGGAUUUUGGCCAAACUGGCUUCGACUUGGACCCUGGAACAUCAUUUUUUUUAUUACAUACGAGCAGCUCAAGAGGCUUCAGAUCUAAGAACUGAAAAAUCCAUGGACCCAACACUACCGCCCUUUCUACUGUUCUCCUUUGUGUUCCUAAUGUAUUUUGACAAAGACG